ACAUACCUUCAAGCCCAGGCCCGAAAGUCUUCCCCGAGGCUCCUUCAGAUCCAUCUGCUCUCCAACCAAUUUCUCAGAGAGAUUUAGAGGCGCCAGCAGGACUUCGAUCUUUCAAAAUCGAUUCGUGCAGAUCUUCGGCAGUUGUCAAUUCAGCCACAAGAUUGGGUUGAACUAGUUUGUACGAAGUAAGAUGGGAGGAGGAUUUAGGGUGCUUCAUUUGGUCCGACCAUUUCUGUCAUUUCUGCCUGAAGUUCAGAGUGCUGAUAGAAAAAUUCCAUUCAGAGAGAAGGUCAUCUAUACUGUGAUCGCUCUGUUCAUUUUCUUGGUUUGCAGUCAGCUCCCUCUCUAUGGCAUACACUCCACAACAGGUGCAGACCCAUUCUAUUGGAUGCGUGUUAUUCUUGCUUCAAACCGUGGGACUGUCAUGGAACUUGGAAUCACCCCAAUUGUGACUUCUGGACUGGUGAUGCAACUCCUUGCGGGGUCAAAGAUCAUUGAGGUGGACAACAAUGUACGUGAAGAUCGUGCCCUCUUAAAUGGUGCACAGAAGUUACUUGGCAUCCUUAUAGCUGUGGGUGAGGCGGUUGCAUAUGUUCUCUCUGGGAUGUAUGGUAGUGUUGGCCAACUUGGAGUAGGAAAUGCCAUUCUUAUUAUCAUACAGCUCUGCUUUGCUGGUAUCAUUGUUAUAUGUUUAGAUGAGCUUCUUCAGAAAGGAUAUGGUCUAGGCUCGGGAAUUUCACUUUUCAUAGCUACCAAUAUCUGUGAAACCAUUAUCUGGAAAGCAUUUAGUCCCACCACUAUUAACAGCGGGCGAGGCGCUGAAUUUGAGGGUGCUGUUAUUGCUCUAUUCCAUCUGCUGAUAACUCGAACGGACAAGGUUCGUGCUCUUCGUGAGGCUUUUUACCGGCAGAAUCUUCCAAAUGUGACAAACCUCCUUGCUACAGUCCUGGUCUUCCUAAUUGUAAUCUACUUCCAAGGUUUCCGUGUGGUUUUGCCUGUGAGGUCCAAGAAUGCCAGAGGACAGCAGGGUUCUUAUCCAAUCAAGCUGUUCUAUACCUCCAAUAUGCCCAUUAUUCUACAUUCUGCACUUGUGUCCAAUCUUUACUUUAUUUCCCAGCUGCUAUACAGGAAGUACAGUGGAAAUUUUCUGGUAAAUCUUUUGGGUAAAUGGAAGGAAUCUGAAUAUUCAAGUGGUCAAUCUAUACCUGUUGGUGGUCUUGCGUAUUAUAUCACUGCACCGUCAAGCUUAGCUGAUAUGGCAGCCAAUCCUUUCCAUGCGCUGUUCUAUCUAGUCUUUAUGUUGUCAGCGUGUGCACUGUUCUCAAAAACUUGGAUUGAAGUUUCAGGAUCAUCUGCUAGAGAUGUUGCCAAGCAACUAAAGGAACAACAAAUGGUGAUGCCUGGGCAUCGUGAGUCAAACUUACAGAAGGAGCUGAACCGCUACAUACCCACCGCAGCAGCAUUUGGAGGCAUGUGUAUUGGUGCAUUGACUGUGUUGGCAGAUUUCAUGGGAGCAAUCGGUUCUGGGACAGGAAUUCUGCUUGCGGUGACAAUCAUUUAUCAGUACUUUGAAACAUUUGAGAAGGAAAGAGCGAGUGAGCUCGGCUUCUUUGGUUUCUAAGCUUACAUCUCAUUGCCAGAAGUUAUGCCUGGUACCUUGGCGGUGCUACUGAGUACUGAGCUCCCCAGCAGUUUUGGUGGACUGAGAGAUGUAAGUAGGUCCUUUUUAACACGAAAGAGUUUGGUUCAAGAUGUUAGGGCCUAGGGGUAGUUUGUUAGUACUGAGAUAAGCAUCACUUCUUGUAUCUGUUAUUUGUUUUGCCCCUUUAAGACAUAUACCUUGCUCCCAUAUUAAUACUCCACCAUUGGACCUAUUACGAGUGCCAUGGAUAUUUAAGAUUACUGGUUUUUAGAUUUUUUUUUAUGUGAUGAAAAUUGCCUAAUUUAGAUUCCUUGCA